CUAAUUUUUGCGGACUCCACCUUAUGUUGUCCGAUAAAAGACGGGAUAUUGAAGUACAGAAGAAAAUGCAUUUCCAUUAGUUCAGAAACAAUAAAAAAAAUGAAUGUGCUGAAAUCUGGUGGACCACCACCCCCAAACUAAGAUGUUGGCCAACUUGUGGUUCCAAAUAAUGCAUGUUAACGUCAUGAUAAUGAUGGAAAUAACUGCAGAUUAUAUAAUGACACUUGAAGAUGGAGUGCACUGACACAGUGAGAGAGAAACUUUUUCGGAAUCAUUAACCUUUCUGUCUGUACAUACAUACCAGUACUCAAACAUGCAUGGAUGCUAUAAUGUAAGUGUUUGUCACAUCUCACAGUCAUGUCCCCAUAAUGCACCACAGGGGGCAAGCAAAACAACAAACCCAGCAAUACUGUAGCUCUGUGUUAAAUUCCAAUUUUGCGAAGCUCAGUUCUCAUUUUUUUUAUAAACUAAAAAGCUGAUCAAUGCUAUAAUAUACUUAAUACUAAUACUUUGGUAACCUUUUUUUCAUAGUGAUUGUAACUGAUCAGCAAUUCAGUGGUUAUGUUAAUUGGUUUGCCCUUGUUUAAAUUGCACAUGGGAGAAGUUUUCCUUCUUGGCUUUCUCAGAGAGCCCCUUCUGAUAGACAUCUAUUCAUUUUAACCCAAACCAUGACCUUGUUUCUAAUCUUAACCUAGAAUUCCCUAUUCUCCCAACUACAUUCAUUUCCUUAUGCUUGAAGAUCUCAGAUGGUGGCACAAACUGCUUAAUGGAAACUUAGUUUGCAUCUGUAGUUGUGAUUUACAGCAGCAAGUCCUGAAUUGUUGGUGCAUUCCUGUGAAAUAAUGUAGAAACUAAAAGUUAAAAUUAAAAGACAAAAUCCAAAUGGAAGAAAACUUGCAUCAGCAAACAGGACCAGUGGUCACAAUGAGACCCUCUCCAGUACUAACUUACCUAACCAUAUAUGUAUAAACAGAAUUUGAAAUGACAGCGUAACAAUACAUAAAAACCUGAGAUGGCUCAAGAAAAGCUGCUUUACUUGAUUGGUAUUUACUGCAGCGCUAGUUUGUAUUGCUGAGUGGUUUCGUGUUUUGUCCAUGCUUCUGCUUAAACGUUUGACGUAAUCAUCAGCCAGUGUCAUCUGCAGUGAUCCUGUGUUGGAGAUUGCUGCACAGAGAGCAAUCUCUAAGAGAAUAAAUGUGAAUAAAAAAUUGAUCACAAAAAAAGGAGAAUAAAGAUGUAGCCAGCAGGUGCCCAAAUUUGAGUUUUUAGUUCAUACAAGGAUCAAAAGCCAUGGUGGCAAGAAGUUACUGUAGGUAUUGAGUGUUUCCUCUGCAUAUGACUUACUGCUUUGUAUUUGUUUUUGUCUGUAGCCCAUCCAUAACAGCCUUAAAACCCACUCAGCUGGCAUGAAAGGUCAGUUAAACCCAGGAUGAUAUGCCCGCAGACCCCCCCCAGGUGACCUCAUGCCUUCAGCACCCAUUGGUGUCACUGCAGAACCUAGACAUCACUAAAAGAAGUUAACCAAACCUUUUUAACAUCCAGUUCUGAGAGUUUGUACGUGUGCUGUCAUGGUUUACAUCACUGACUUCCCUCAGGAUCUAUGUUAGUGUCUUGUGACAGUGUGGUUAAAGAUGACUAGGAUCCAGUACCUGGCUUGUCUGUGGACGCUGUUCUUGACACAAACUGGAUUUGUGUGCAGUGACAUUCAGUUCAUGGAGAGGAAUCAGGGGGAAACUGUGGUACUUCCCUGUGUGACUGACCCCAGAAACCCCUCGCCCUACGGCGUCUACCUGAAGCGUGACUGGCUGCGUCCCAAGGAAGUGCUGUUCAAGUACACCGACAGCAACUUCAAGCUAAACGAUAAUGAUGACAAGAACCGCAUCAGUGUCACCGGCGACCCGAGCAGGCACUCCCUGAACGUGACCAUCUCUCAGCUGAAUGCCGGUGACACAGACCGCUAUUACUGUGAGUUCCUCGUGGCCAACCCUUCCUCUGAAGACGAUCGAAUACGUGGGAAGACAGAAUUCGUCCUCCUUGUUAAUGCUGAUGCCCCUGGGACAGUGAACAUAGGUUUGGUAGAGACGUGUUCUGGGGCCUCGGCCGUGCUCCCCUGCAUCCCUCAACACGGGGAGGCCUUGGCCGUGGAGGGGGUGAGUCUGAUGCGGCAGAGGGGCCAGAAGCCUGUGGAGGUGUUGUACCACUCAAAGCGCCACCAUGGCGGCGGCUCUUCCUCCUCCCAGUUCCCCGUCGAGAGGGUCCAGUUGUCCUCUGCUCCCGGUCCUAGGGGCAUCACCUACAACCUGACCCUGAAGCAGCUGCAGCCAGAUGACAGCGCCCUGUACAGCUGCCAGCUGCUCCUGCGCGGUGGGCCCGACUCCACCACCAGUCUGGGCAGACAAGUGUUCUUUGUGUCUGUGCAAGGAGGUCAGUGCGGCUGCUCCAACUACUCCACCCUGCUGUAUGCUUUGUCCGCGGCUGUGGCUGUCCUCCUCCUCCUCCUCUUCGGAUUUGUGGUGAUUUAUAAAGGCAAAGCACGCCGCAGUGUCAAGUCACACCCUCAGGCCCCCAUCUACGAGGAGAUGACUGGGGUGAAGCCUGUCUGUCGAAAACUGGCCCCCCACCAUCUGGAGGAAAUGGAGUCUUCUGAGUACAGAAACUGCCCUGUGAAGAAAUCCUGUCCUGAAAACCAUUACGAAAGCCCCAAACCCAGGAGUGAAUUUUAGAAAUGAAAUAUUAGACCAACUUAUCAACUCAGCUGUCUGAAACUUACUGCACUCAAAUUUACUCUAUUAAAUUACUUUAAAUUACUUUAAUUAGUUUCUCCAACACAUUCAAACAGCUUAGAUUCUGUCAGACUGUUAUAUCUCAUGUAUAUUGGACUGGGGAUAGUUUGAAUGAGUGUUUGUAUUUGACAUUUUCUCAAGGACCUUUGUAAAUGUUGACUGCCCAUGUUUGUGUGUUUGUGUUUGAGCAAAUAAAGUUACCCUGUGGAGUUUUGUAA